AUGGAGUCUCUAGCAGAAACGCCUUGGGAUGUAAUAAUCUCUGGCACUGGACUGGCCCAGUCCCUUCUGGCACUAGCCCUCUCUCGAUCCGGUAAGAAUGUACUGCAUGUUGACCGGAACCCAUACUAUGGAGGAUCCGAAGCUGCGUUCAGUCUUCAAGAAGCCGAGGAGUGGGCUUCUAAAGUAAAUGAAGAACCCGAACAUUUCCCCUUUGAAAAUGCAACUGUAUACUCCCCGGCGGACAAUAAUCGCCUGUCAGCCUCGCGGGCAUAUACCCUCUCCUUGUCUCCACAGCUCAUCUAUGCCCGGUCUCAGCUUUUGCCUGCCCUGAUCUCUUCCAAGGUCUACAAGCAGCUGGAGUUUUUGGCUAUUGGGAGUUGGUGGAUCCACAAACCCUCAGACAGUGCCAAGGACGAUGAUGGUGCCGCUACACGUGGAAGAUUGUACCGAGUACCUAGUAGCCGUGAAGACAUCUUCGCUGAUGAUCUCAUAAGUGUCAAGUCGAAGCGGACACUAAUGAGGUUCCUCCGCUCCAUUGGCAAGCCAUCUCAGGAGGACGACACCAACCCCGAGGAUGAGGUGCCUGGCGUCCCUCUCUCAGAGUACCUGGUUUCCAAAUUCCACGUUCCAGACGAGCUUUUUGACCCUCUACUUUCUCUUUCAUUGUCCCAAUCUUCCCACGGUCAAACCUCCGCUGCAUAUGCGGUUCCCCGCAUCAAACGACAUCUGGCGUCGAUCGGUGUUUUUGGGCCAGGCUUUGGAAGUCUAAUGGCAAAAUGGGGCGGUAGCUCCGAAAUCUCCCAAGUAGGCUGUCGCGCCCUUGCUGUGGGCGGUGGCAUCUACGUACUGGGUACUGGGAUCAAGUCUAUCGAGGCUCCAACUCUAGGCGAGACUGAUGCAGACGCACUCUCUGAAGUUCGUUUAACAGACGAUACAACGGUCCGAUCCAGGUUCGUGGUCGGUUCCAACUGGGAGCUUCCUGCACAGGAUCGUCCUGAAUGCCAAAGAAUCUCGCGCUCGAUUACUAUCGUCUCAUCACCCCUUGAGAGUUUGUUCCCGGUCACAGCGGAAGGUGGUCCAGUUCCUGCAGGAGCUGUCAUCGUGUUUCCGGGAAACACUCUUGGCCAGACGGAUGAUGCACCGCCAGUCUACAUCUUGGUCCAUUCAAGUGAGACUGGCGAGUGCCCUCUAGGACAAUGCGUUAUCUAUAGCAGCGUCAGUAUCCCGGGUCCUCAGGGGCAGUCCCUCAUUGAGCAAGCCAUUGGCAAGCUCCUUGAUUCGGCUGCCGACCCAGAAGCGAAGGUCCUCUGGGCCUUGUGCUACACCCAGUUAGGGCGUUCGGACGAGACACCCUCCGAGCUAACAGUACUUCCUCAUAACAUUCUGGCAUUCCCACCUCCUAGCCUUGACCUUGCUUUUGAUGACUCCGUGCUGGAUACGGUAAAGGAAGCGUGGAGGCUGGUGAUGGGGGAUGAAACUGCUGGCCAGGAGUAUAUGGUGUUCGAGGAUCGAGAGCAUGAUGAUGAGGAGUGA